GGCUUUUAUUAGGAAAAUCGGGACUGUCCCGCGAAAAGCGUACUAGUUGGCGGAAUCUGACCAUGGAUGGGCAACCAGAGGACCUUGUCAUAAACAAAAGAUUUGUCACAGAAUCUGAAAUAGAAGAGCGAAAAAAGAAAAGACAGGAAGAAUGGGAAAAAGUACGAAAACCAGAGGAUCCAGAAGAGUGCCCAGAAGAAGUUUUUGAUCCACGUUCUCUAUAUGAAAGGCUUCAAGAGCAGAAGGACAAAAAGCAAGAGGAGUAUGAAGAGCAGUUUAAAUUUAAGAAUAUGGUAAGAGGUCUGGAUGAGGAUGAGACAAACUUUCUGGAUGAAGUUUCAAGAAAACAAGAAUUGAUAGAAAAACAAAGGAGGGAUGAAGAUAUGAAAGAAGUGAAUGAGUUUAGAAAUGCCCGUACAACAGCAGUUACAAAUGCAGACAUCAAGAAGAAAGAUUCUGAUAAGAAGCCAGUAACAAAAACUGUUGAUGUCAAGAAUAAGUUUUCUCAGUCGAAGCUGCUAGCAGGAGCAGUCAGGCACAGAAGUAAUUCUGAAAGCUCAAGUGCCAAGAAAUCAAAGUUAGAACUUGACAAUGAGAAGUUAAAAGGUGAGAGCCAUUCUAGCUCCAUUGGAGGCAGUACCUUGACUGGCUCUCAUCUGCAUUGCCCAUCAGCUUCUGUCUGCAUUGGAAUUUUGCCUGGCCUUGGGGCCUACUCGGGGAGCAGUGAUUCUGAGUCAAGCUCGGACAGUGAGGCAACAAUAAAUUCUGUGGGGAAGAUCGUCUCUUCUGUGUUUCGUUCAGGCACAUACCUUGAUGCUCCUUAAACCACAGCUAGUGACUGAAAAACAAUAAUUCAGAAAACAACACAUAGAAAUAUCCACUCACAAAAAAACUUGGACGGUUUUUCAGUACAGAGACUGCAAAGCAUUGCCUACUUUCCCCAACUACUUUGAUGCUUCAAACUUAAUAAAAGUAAAUUGGCAGUUGUAUGUGCAACCCAAAUAAAUUGGAAAUUUUCUAGAA